AUGGUAGCAAUCGUGGCAGAGGCAGCAGCUUUCCCAUCUCUGGGCCACGGGGACAGCGAUGUGCCCGGGACUCCCAUAGCCCUCUGGCGGCCCUUGGCUUUUAUUCCGCCAGCCUUCCCGAGACUGACCUCUGACCCUGACCGUGGUACCCUGGCCUGGCCUCUCCCCUCCGCACGCACCCAGGUGUACAUUCGCAGCACAGACUUUGACCGGACCCUGGAGAGCGCUCAGGCCAACCUAGCGGGGCUGUUCCCUGAGGCCGCCCCAAGGCGCCCCGAGGCCACCUGGAGGCCAAUCCCUGUGCACAAGGUGCCCGUCACUGAGGACAAGGUCAGGGGGUUCCCUACACGCAGCUGUCCCCGAUACCAGGAGCUGAGGAGGGAGGCCACGGAGGCCGCCGAGUACCAGACGGCCCUAGAGGGUUGGACGGACUUCUUGACUCACCUGGAGAACUUCACGGGGCUGUCGCUGGUCGGGGAGCCGCUCCGCAGGGCGUGGAAAGUUCUGGACACUCUUAUUUGCCAGCAAGCCCACGGUCUCCCCCUCCCAUCCUGGGCCUCCCCGGAUGUCCUGCAGACACUAGCUCAGAUCUCGGCUUUGGAUAUUGGGGCACACGUGGGCCCACCCGGGGCAGCCCAGUUGUCUGGGGGAAUCCUGCUGGAUGCCAUCCUUGCCAACUUUUCUCGGGUGCAGCACUUGGGGCUGCCCCUGAAGAUGGUUAUGUAUUCGGCUCACGACAGCACACUCCCGGCCCUCCAGGCCCUGGGUCUCUAUGACGGGCACACCCCGCCUUACGCCGCCUGCCUCGGGUUCCGGAGGCGCCUUGGGGACCCGGAUGACGACACAGGGAAUGUCACCAUCUCCCUCUUCUACCGCAACCACUCUGCUGGCUUACCCUUGACCCUCAGCCUCCCCGGGUGCCCGGCCCCUAACCCCUUGGGCCGCGUCCGCCAGCUGACUGCCCCCGCCUGGCCUCUGGCUCACGGGGUCCCCUGCCUUGGCUUCCACGAGCCCGCCACCGCGGCAGGUGAUGGCCCUCGGUGCUGGGGUGGGGCUCAGGUGCAGCACAUGCGAUGUGUGCGAGCCUGCGGGAUGACCUCUCCCACCACGGGUCGUGCACUGUUCAGGUCCAGCUCACUCAGCCUGGCUUUGGUGCUCGCCUGGUAG